CAUGGAUAUGCGCAAAUCGAUUUCCCUCCCGACCAUGCCAGACAUUACGCUAUACUUUCUGCAAGCCUCGCGUUCCAUCCGUACAGCAUGGCAACUCGAAGAACUAGGCCUGGACUACAAACUCGAAUUCUCGGAGCGUGAAAGCAACAAAGCUCCUCAACAUUUCAAAGACAGCGCCGGCGAUGCAUUGGGAAAGUUUCCUCUGCUGAAAGACGGAGACUUACUUGUAGGAGAGAGUGGUGCUAUUGCUGAAUAUCUUUGCGAACAAUACGAUACCUCGAGUAAACUCCUUCCCAAAGACGCCGCCACACGCGUACAAUGCCUCCGCUGGGUUCACGCAGCAGAAGCCACGUACGCGCUCCACGGACUGGCGAUCCUUUACACACGCUGGUUCGGCGCCGACAACAAAGCCGCAGCGGAUAAAAUCGAAGAAGGCAUGUCAGUAAACGUAUGCAAGGACAUGGACUUCCUGGAGAACGAGCUGGGCAAGAGUCAGGGAAAGUUCUUGGUUGGCGACGAUGUUACGGUGGCUGACUGUAUGAUGCUGUUCUCGGCGCAGUUUAUUCUGGCCAGGCAGUUGGGGACCAAGGGGAAGAAGUGGGAGAAAGUCGACAAGUGGAUCGCAGACUGCGAGGAAACAGAGAGCUACAAGCGCGCAGUUGAGAAGACAGGACACAAGCUAUAGCGCGAAACCGCUGUCCCAUAGAUAGAGCAUCGUUAUGUCGAGCCAGACAUCAAGAAAUCAUUGGACUGGAAAAUGACGCGACGGGCAAAAGAUCACAAAUGAUGUCAAGAUGCACGUUUCGAAAGGGUCUCGAAAGCUCCCCCCACUCACGCCAAGACCAAAUGAGACCACGAGAUUGCGAGCCCCUCAUGUGAUCACUUGGCCUUCUUUCUUCUGUUCCAUCACACAAACCUACUCUACACAAUCCUUUCA